AUGCGAACUUGAUAUAAUGAAAACUUGGAACCUUCCAAUGUUGAAGAAUGAGAAGAUGGCAAUAGCAUUAAUGGGGAUGGACGAAAUGAAGGGUGCAUGUUUGAAACAAAUUCAUGCUCCCUAAAUCCUAUUGAUUGUUUUAACACGAAUUGAGGAGAUAGGAUAAGAGGCUUGCUUGAGCAAUGAGACGAUGGAAACAACAAUAGUUCAGAUAGUUGUGCAUCAGAUUGAGCACAAGAGUCUUACUGGACUUGUCAAAGAGAAAACACUACACACCCUGAUCAAUGCAUUGAAAACUGUAGAAAUGGAAGAAGAUUUAAUUCUUUAUCUACAUACUGUGAUGAUAGCAAUAAUAUACCCGGAGAUGAAUGAUCAUCCAUUUGAACAGUAGAAUCUGGCAAUAUUUGAUCCGGAGGAUCUUCAGCAGACAAAGAUAUCUGAGAAAAGUAUUGAGGAAAUGGAAAAAUUCAUUUAGAUGAAGUUUGCGAUGAUUGAAAUUUUGAUUCAAAAGAUCGAUGAAAUUCAGAAUGAAGUGUUGAAGAUGGCUGGAUAUGUAAUGGAGGGAGUCAAAAUUCUUCAAGCAUUUGCAGGCUGAAGUGAACAGUAAAUAUUGAGAGAUUUGCGAUUUAG